AUGUCCCCGCAGCCCUCCCCUUCUAGGCCACGCCAGCAGCAGCACGUAGGGUCGCCGGAUUUCCGCCCCAGGUCCCCCCUUCUCAGCGCCGCGAUUGCUUGCCCAAAAUCCCCGUUAUUGGCUUCCUCGGAACCCCGCGCGGGGUCUCCUUCCGCUCCGCUCAGCCCCGCUUGGGAGGAGCGCGCAAGGUCCCCCGUUCCGGGCCCCGCUGAUCACCGCCUGAAAUCGCCUCUCUCGCGCGGAUCCUCCGUGUUCCGCUCGCCUUCCGCGCAGACAGGCCCCUCCGCCUUCCGCCUGCACUCCCCUUCCCCCGAUCCUCUCCCUUCCGCACGCCUGUCUCGCCCUGUUUCUCCUCUCCCCGGGCCUCUUCGUCCGCGAUCUCCCCUUCCCGAGUCCGCCCACCCCCGAUCCCCGUUGCUUGGUUCCGCCCGACCUACAUCUCCACUCCCCUUCAUCUCUCCGCGCAACUCCGAGUUCGCAUCGGCGCGAAACUCCCCCGCCGCCGCCCCUGCUGCUGGUGCGGCUAGCGCAGGCACCCGCCCGACCCGCGGGUCCCUUAGGACUAUCCCGCGCAGCAGCAGUUGUCGCAGCGCCAGCAGCUGCGCGCAGGACGACUGGAGCGACUCUGGCGCGGAGGAGGAAAUUCGCGCUUCCGCUUCCCCCGGUGCGCUUUUUAUCGCGCGUCCUGGCGCCCGUUCCGCCGUCCGCCCCACCCCUUCCGCUUCCGCUUGGGAUUCCGCGCAGCCCGCGCCGUCGAGUGUCAGUUCCGCCCAUCUCAGCGGUUUCACUGGCCCUAGCAAUAGCCGCAGCAACAGCAGUCGCAGUAGUGCCAACGCUUGCGCUCAAACACCUCCGCCAACCACCUCCGCGCGCUGCCCGUCCCCAUUGCGGCGCGCGUCAAGCUCCGCAUCCGCGCUAUCCUCGCCUUCCGCGCCGUCAUGUGCCCCCUACAGCGCCCCCCAGGCGCAGGAUCGGGGGCCCGCGAACGGGGGAGACGAGAGUGCGACGGGGGAUUCGGAGCGGACGUACUACGGGGAAGCGGAGGACGAGGGGGGAAGCGGGGGAGUGCGCGCGAACCUGUCCGCGGACUGCGGGAGGCGGGGGCGACUGGCCGCCGCGGCUGCAGCAGCACGGGCGGAAGUGGCGCAUGGGAUAGAGAGCGCGAGGCGAAGGGGGAACGGCGCGGAGACGCGCACAGGCGGGGGCGUGGGCGGUGGAGGGGGGAUGGUAGCAGGGGGGGGAGCAGGGACAGGAGCAGGGGCAGUGACAGCGGGGGAUUUGGGAGCAAGAGGGGCCGCGUGUGGGAAGGUGGCAGAGAGAUGUGGUGGUGGGGCGGGUGCAGCAGGCGGUGGGGUGAUGGACCUGGGGCCGCCUGGGGGCGGGCGAGGUGGCGUGAGCGGUGGUGUGAGUGGUGGUGGGGGGCAGCAGCGCAGGAGUUCACUUGGCCUUGUUCCACGCAUGUCUCGCUCUCUCACCACCACCUCUGCUUCCUUCUCCGCUGCUCGCUUCCGUGCUGCUGCUGCUGCUGCUCGCGCUGCUGCUACUACCACCACCACCGCUACCGCUGCUGCUGCGUCUUUCUUCUCUCCCCCUCUCUCUCUCGCUUUUUCCCCAAUACGGUCAGGAACCCUUGGGUCUGCCUCUGCCGCUGCCUUGGCGUCUGGUGGGAAGAAGCUGCUGCACAAGCGAACGCUGUCCAUGGGCAAUCCGCGCGCAGGUCGGUUCCACACGGUGGAGUCCGUUCUGGGGGUUCACGCCACGUGGCAAACGGAGGAGGAGCAGCUGAAAGCGCUGCUCGCGCUGGUGGACGGCGGGAACGGCGGAGGCGGAGGGCAGGGGGAGAGGGAAGGGGAGGGGGGAAGGGGAGAGUGUGGGGAAAGGCGCGGGGGAGCGGCGGGUGGUGUGGGGGAAGGGCAUGAGGCGCGUGUGGCGGCGCAGGAUGAGGUGCUGAUGAGACGACUGCCGUCUGCUGCUGAAGUGAUGGAAGGCGGGGGAAGAGGAGGAGGAGAGAGGGAGAUGGGGCGAGGGAGAGAGACGGGGAGAGGGAAGGGACAGGCAGGAGGGGGGGAGGUGUGCGGUGGGGGCGGUAAGGAGCGUCAGGAAGGCAGCAGCAUGGGAGGGGUGGGGGUAGGGAUAAGGGCUGAAUCUGGAGGAGUGGGUUCGUUGGGUGUGGAGCAGGGACGUCGGGAUGUGGGAUCAGGUGUGCAAGCAUCCCCGUUAAGGAGAAACCCGAGUUUGCCUGCGGCGACAGGAGGAGAGCAGGUGGUGGGAUCGCCUGUACAGGCGUCCUCCCCGUUGCAGGUGCGGGCGUCGCCAGGGGCGAGGCGAGCAGAUGGGUGGGACGCGUGGAAGAGCGGUGUGGGGCGGUACUGGGUGGAGGAGGUGUUGGGGGAGGAGUUGGAGAGGGGGAAGACUCCUGAGAGGAAAGCAGGUGGGCUUGGAAGGGCGAGAACUCCGGAGAGAGUGGGGAUGGGAGGAGGGGGAGUUAGAGCACCUGAGUGGGCUCGAGGGGGAGAGAGGCUGAAAACACCUGAGAGGCUGAAAACACCUGAGAGGCUGAAAAUACCUGAGAGGCUGAAAACACCUGAGAGGCUGAAAACACCUGAGAGGGGAAAAACACCUGAGAGAGGAAAAACACCUGAGAGAGGAAAAACACCUGAGAGGGGAAAGACACCGGACAGAUUGAGAUUGGCAGAAAGAAGGGUGCCAGAAAGAGCAGCAGAAGCAGGAGCAGCAGAGGGAACGGGUAUAGAGGCUAUGCUAUUGAGGAUAGCAGGGGGUGCAGAUGGGAGCAGUGAGUGUGCGGGGCUUGCAGGGACGGGCAGGGAGGAUGGGAGCGGGUGCAGUGGGGCGAUUCAACCCCAUGGCGCUACGCUACCCUCUCAGAGGACAGACCCAGCAGCCUUGCUGUCUGCUGCUGGUGGUGGUGGUGGUGGUGGUGGUGGUGGUGGUGGUGCUGAGAGGAGGAUGGGGGAGGGGGAGGCGGAGAUAGAGGCGGAGUGUGAUGCGGUGUCGGGGGGAUGGACGUGGCAGCAUGGUGGCUGGAGCGAGCGGUAUGGUGGGGUGGGCGACCAUGCCUCUCAUCAUGCUCACAAUCCGGAUGCUGCUCAUGCUGCUUACGAUGCCUGUGAUGUUCACGAUCCCCCUUCUGGUGCCUGUCAUGCUCCAUCUGCUGCUGGAGGUCCCGUGAGGUCGUCCUCUGAUCUCGUACAUGUUCGGUAUGGUAUGGAUGGUGGGGAUGGUAUGGGUGGCACGUAUGGCCUGCACGAUUUUGACAGGGAAGAGCAGGGGGAGGAGCAUAAGGAGUGGGGUCUUGCGCAUGCGGAUGCGCAUGGGCAUGGGUACGAUGAUGAGGGGCAUGAGGAGGCGGACGCGGGGUUGUGGCACACGGAACUUGCAUCUGAGGAUUCAGAGUCAGGGGGCGGGUUAAGGCAUGGGUGUGCGUGUGGGUAUGCGCAUGGGUAUGCGCACGGGUACGGGCUUGCAUAUGGUGAGGUGGAGGAUUAUGAGGUAGAGCUUGUAGACCAUGAGGAGGAGGAGGGGGAGGAGGUGGAAGAUACAGGAUACAUGGAUCAUGGGGAGGCGGAGACAGAGAGUAUGUGUUAUGAGGAGGAGGAGGAGGAGGAUGCAGAGUGUGUGUAUCAGGGGGAGGCGGAGGAUGCAGUGGGUAUGUAUCACGAGGAGGAAAACCCUGAUUACACGGAGGAGACUGGGAGCGUGGAGGAUAGACACGGGGAGGAGGAGGCGGAGGAGGAGGCUGAGGAGGAGGAGGAGGGAGACGUUAUCGGCGGGCAGAGGAGUGGGGGGGAGGGAAGGGAAGGGGAAGAAGAGGGGACAGUGGAGGGAGGGGGAGGAGUUGAAGGCCAGCCAGAUCUAGGAAAGAAGAGUCUGAGUGCGCCUGCUGGGUCCUUGGCUGCUUCUGCCUCUGCUUCUGUGAUUGCUGUAGGGCUUCAGCAGGUCGGAGAGGAAGGGGGUUGGGUGGAGUGUGGAGUGGUUGCAGCAGGAGGAGAAGGGGAGGAGAUGGGGAGGGGAGGGGUGGUGAGGAGGGGAGAGGAGGAGGAAGAAGACGAGGAGGAGGAGGAGGAGGAAGAGGAGGAGGAGGAGCCGGAGUUGUUGCGGCGGAAGAGCUUUGGAGGGCGGAUGGGUGCCAGCUUUGGCGCGCUGCUGAGGAAGAGCAACACGCUAUCCAAGAUGGACCGCAAGCCGCCCCGCCCCUUCCUCGCCGCGCGAACCCCCCCGCUCCGCUCCCUCACCAUCUCCCGCGCAGCCUCCGCCUCCCGCAAAGCGGCCUCCUCCGCGUCGCUCAAAGCCGCGUCCGCCAUCGCGCUCGCCACCACCGCAGUCACCAGCCUCGGCCGCUCCGCAUCCCUGCCCUACGAGUACGAAUACAACGGGAUAAACCAGCCCAAGCGCGUGCACUUCCAGCUGUCCGAGCUCCAGCUUGCAACCAACUACUUUUCCAAGGAGAAUAUCCUCGGGCAGGGCGGGUUCGGGACGGUGUAUGGAGGUGUGCUGCCGGCGCCGCCGUUUGAGGAGGUGGCGGUGAAGGUGCUGAAGAGAGGGUCCGUGCAGGGCGACGGGGAGUUUGUGACGGAGCUGGAGCUGCUGUCCCGCACGGCACACCGGCACCUGGUGAAGCUCAUGGGGUUCUGCAUGACCACCACGCAGAGGAUGCUCGUGUACCAGCUUGUGGCCAAUGGGUCGCUCACGGAUCACCUCACAGGCAGCAAGCUCAGUGAGAACGGCCCGCUGCCAUGGGAGCGGAGGCUGCGGAUAGCCAUAGGAGCCGCCAAGGGCAUUCGCUACCUGCAUGCCCAACGACCCCAGAUCCUGCACAGGGACAUCAAGGCCUCCAACAUCCUCCUUACAAACAGCUUCGAGGCUAAGGUGGCGGACUUUGGGUGUGCGAAGCUGAUUCGGCGCACGGAGAGUGUGGUGAGCAAGGCGACAGGGCUGGCAGAGGAGCGGCUGGUGGAGUUUGUGGACCUGGGCGUGGGCACCAUCGGCCACAUGGCACCCGAGCUGCUGCUCGAAGGGGAGAUCAGCGCUGCUUCUGACUGCUUCGGGUUCGGAGUGGUGCUGCUGCAGCUGCUCACAGGCAGAGACCCCGUGGAUGCCGACAGAAGGCCGCUCGUCAACUGGGUACGUACAACAUCCCUACCCACUGGCCUACUGCAGCAGCAGACCUACUGCUGCACACAACCUACUGGCCUCCACAUCCUUCAAGCACCCUUUUCACUUCCUUACACACCCUCUUUCACCCCAUUUGUUCUCCAUCCUCCCUCGCCUUCUCUCUCAACCCCAUGCCCACUCCUGUUUCCCCCUGCUCCCCUCCCGCAUUUUUUCCCACCCUCCCUCCUCGCUUCCCCCGCUUGUCUCCCCCUCUCCUCCCCCCUUACCCCCGUGUUCCUUUCCCCACUUUUGUCUACCCCUCGCUCCCUUCUCCCCCCACCACAGGCGCAGCCGUAUCUGGAGGAGAGGCGGUGGGACGAGCUGAUAGAGCCCCGACAAGGACAAUGCGCCUUCCAUGCCGCCACAAGCACGGCAGGCGCCGCGCAAUCGCGGGCGGAAGAAGUGAGGCGGCUGAUGGCUCUGGUGGAAGAGGGCAACAGUGAGCGGAUCGAGUGGGGUGAGACGCUCUCUCGUGUCCGUGACGGCACAUCUCAGCAGCAGCAGCAGCAGCAGCAGCAGCAUGUGGGCUGCGAUGGUAGCAGCAGUGGUGUUGAUGGUAGUAUAAGUGGGUCUAUGAGUAGUGCUAUCAGCACUGGCGAUAGUGCCAGUUGCAACGCUCCUGCUGGUGGUGGCUUAGGCACAGGUUUGAGUAAGCAUAGCCAUAGUGACUCCACUGUUGGAAACUUGGAGUGUGAUAGCGGACUGGCUGCAAGUAGAGCAAGUAGCAGCAGUAGUGUUAGGGUGAAGCAGCAGGAGCAGCAGCAGCAGCAGCAGCAGCAGCACGACCUUGAGCGUAACUUAGGAGGGAGGUGA